AUGAGUUCCUCUGACCACGCCGAUUCCGACUGGAAGUAUUCUCGCCAGCCUGCACCGCCUGUCUCACCGCGCAAACGUCGCAGGUCCUCCUCAGCCGAUUCAGGUCGACGGCGUAAGCGUACCGCCUCGACCGCACCGUACAACGAUGCGUACCGUCUCUUGUACAAUGAUUUUGUGCAAGCCAUCACAGGCAGCCAGGACGUUUCUAGGACGCCAAACUUCAGGGCGUCCCAAUUGGGUGUGACGGUGUGGACACCAAGCGAAAAGGAAGCUUUCUUUAGUGCUCUGGAGAGACUAGGCCAGGAUGAUCUGCCCGGCAUAGCCUCUGCCGUUGGGUCUAAGAGCAUCUUAGAGACGCGCCAAUUCUUGUUACUCCUCGACGAUGCGAAGCUCGAUCGCGCUGGCAAGCGGGACAUUUCACUUCAAGAUAUCCCAGCCGCCUCAGAGAUCGGAGUCGUGUGCGAACGCCAACUUGAUGCAGCAGGUGACACUCUCGCCUUCAUGCAGGAGCGCUUCGAAGCGACUCAGGAGCAGAAGCGGUACGGCGAGCACUGGCUCCUCACUCCUGAAUUGGCCGACGAAAUUGAGGUGGCUGCAAAAUGUCUACGUGCGUCCGUACCUGUUGAGAGUGGAGACGAUGAGGAUCGCCUGGAUGCAGCGAGUGAUCCACCGUUACUUCAGGAGAUACCUGAAGCGAAGCUCAUUGUCCCUAAGUCAUUGCUCGAGCUGUCGCGGAAUCUGUUCAUGAAUCCGUCUCCCGAUACGGCUUACCCUUGGCCGAACUGGCAGGAUCUGGCAUCUGAUAUAGCCGUUGAGCCUUGCAUGUACCGCACAGCUUUUCGUGAUUUUCAUACCUUGGUAUUAUCGUUAACCAAGCGUAUCAUGCAAAUUGCACUUAUUCAAGCAACAUCUAGAGUACGUGCCCAAGGCUGGCGCGUUAAGAAGGGUGUCAAGCUUUUCGUGAGAUCGAGGGAUGUCUACACGGCAGUAGAUCUAUUGGGCGUAAAGGGGAGUCGAAGGCAGUUUUUUCGAGACGUCCCAAGACGCUGCAGACUGAGGGUCACAGACGGGAGGUAUAGAAAAACUCGAAGCCUCCGCUGGGAUGAAGUCGAACACAUUCUCGAUGCGGCAGAGAACAAAUCGACACCUGCGGACUCAGACACGGAUGCGGAAAGCCGCGAUGCAGAAGCCGAACAAACAAAAUUCAAGUUCAGGGCUGCCCGCAGUGGAACGCCCAUGCCUCCUGCUAGGCAAUCUAGUCCUGAGGACUCUCUAGACCUAGAUGCGGACGCCAAUUCCGAGUCACUUGUGGAGGAUACGGAUUCCGACGGCUACCAACCCUUAGAUGAUUCAUUGGAGACUUCCGACGCGCCUGUUGAAAGAGACGAAGGGUCAAAUUAUGACUCAACUGAGGACGAACUCGAAGGAACGGAAGAGUUCGAUCAAGAAAUGAGUCGGCUAGAGGAACGUAGACUGUGGUCUAUCCUAGGCGACGUUUCUCCUGGAGAUCAGGACUCCAAGCCAGAAUCGCCUUCUGAACGACCGAUUCGCAGGAUUCCACGUCGAAGGAACAUGGCAGAUAGCGACAAUUGGCGAAUCUGGACCCAGUAUCAACCCGUACGCGAGCAGACGCGCACUAGGAUUCCCGUAGCCAGCUUUCUUGCAAAUCGGAAGUCACCCAGUCCGUCCCGAGAUUGGAAUCCAGCUACAGACUAUGGGACAGACUAUGGUACCGAAACGGGUGUGUCAUCAGGAGGGGACCGCAAGUCGAGAAAGAGACCAUCUAAGCGUACUGUUCAAGAACUACCUCUUCGGGAUGCUCGAUCCUAUGCUGCUUUGCGAAGCAGACAAUCCCGAUCUGCAGAGCGUGAGACCGAGUUGGAUAUCACUGAGAACGAAGCCGAGAUUCCUACGCAGUCGAUUGAAGAUGUCAAUGGGGGCGCUUUCGCAACGUCGCUUGUGGAGGAAGACGCAGAGAAUGCGAUGCAAUGGAGUUGA